AUGAUAAAGAGAUAUUUAAGGGUAUACCCUUCGAUAUAUUUUACAAAGCAUGUAUAUAGUGCGCCCCAAGUAAGUUCAAAUGGAGAAGUUGUAAAAAAAGAUUAUGUAUUUAACCAAUAUGGGAAAGAAGGAAUUUAUUUAAAUAAUAAAUUAAAAAAAGGGAAUGAUAAGAAUGCAAUAAAAAGAAUAUACUAUUUUAAAUUGUGGAAUGCGUUAACUCAAUAUAAUUUUACUUUAUUUGAAAAUAUUAUACAGCAAUUUUUAAAUGAAGGGCAUAUGUAUGAUGAAGUUAUUUAUUCUAUUAUUGUUCAUUCUUAUGUAAUGAACCAUAGGAAAAAAGUUGAAAAUGCAUAUUUAGUAAUCGAAGAAAUGAAAAGGUGUUAUAUGCAUCCAGCUAUUAUUAAAAUAAAUGAAAGAAUGAUAAACUCGUAUCUAGAACUCCAAAUGAUUUUUUGUGAACCUUCAAAAAGUUUAUGGAUGAAUAUAUGUAGAUUAACUUGGGAAGUUUCGAUAAAAUUAAAUAGAGAAAGAAAAAGAAAAUUAAAAGAAAAAUUAAAUUCAUUACCACCAAAUGACGUUUUAAAAUUAACUAAAGAUGAUCUAAAACUUAUGUUAAAAAAAGAGUAUGAAGAUAGCUUAGCAAAUAUGAUAGACACAAUAUCAUUGGACAACGAGACCCCAUACGAGCAUAUGUUGAUUGAGAGCUCAGAAGUUUAUAAUGAAGAAGAAAAUGAAGAAAAUAAACAAUCUUUAUCACUAUUAGAAAAUGAUAUGAUAAUAAUUGACAACAAGGAUGAAAAUAGUAGUAUUUAUGUAGAUAUGAAUUCGAACUAUAUAGAUGAUAAAAUAAAACAAGAUGAAACAGAUAUUUCUAUGUUUUUGAAAAACGACUCGCAUAAUAUUCAAAAUAUAUGUGAUUGGAAUGACGAUUGGAGUGGAGCAGAUGACGACGAAAAAGAAGAGGAUGAACAUCAAGAAUCAUGUGAAAACGACGAAGAUUUUGAUAUCCAACUUUUAAAAAAAUAUUAUAAUCGAAAAUCAUAG